AUGAUUAACGUCGCACCCAGCUUUAUCUCCGACAACGCCGACGACGCAGACGUGAAAGGUGUUGCCACCGAGCACGUCGACUGGCACUUCGCGAAAGUUAUUGGUGCUGCGCAUGUUGAAAUCAAGGACUCAAUGUUCAGCAAGUACCCCGCACUUAUCGCGGAGCUGCUCUCCCGCAUCUGGAGCGGGCGCGGUCUCGUAGAGACGACGGGCGGAAACUUGUUGCCUGUGCUGGCAGGCACUAGACACGUUGCGGCUCAGAUGCAGCGCGAGGGAGUGCCGCCAGCGAGCGAGAUCCACGACAAGCCUUCGGCCAAGUUGCCCAUGCACGACGGCGAGCUGUAA